AUGCCACCCCCUGGACUCUCACAAGGUUCUUUAACGCCUGACCAGUCGCCUGCAAAGCUAAAGCCAGCGACACCUGUCUCGGAAGCAAAGAAGAACAUCAAGUCUCUGGCGGCCGAAAGCGGACUCUCGCGGGAAAUCACCACACAAUCUCAACCGAAGCUUACAAAGGCAAGUUUCUUACAGGAUGAGGACUUUCCGGCUUUGGAUGCAUCGAAGAACAAGAGUCGACCCGCAACGCCCACACCCAAGGCUACACCAAAGGCCAAACGCCAUGCUGAGAGGAUUGUGGACAGAAUGAUGGCCAAGGCUGGAGCCAACCUAGAGAGCACGGCUCAGGAAACCAAAGCGGAGGAGGCCAAGGUUCAAGAGACCAAAGCUCAAGAAGUCAAGGCUAAGGAGACCAAGGCCCAGGAAGCGAAACCUGCAUCAUUGUCCCAGGCAGCAGACAAGAAACCCAUUGCUGUCAACACUCAGGUUGGAAAGAAUGUGGCUGUGAGGACCAGUGAACUAUCUGCGACAACUGAGAAGUCAACAACAGAGACCUCAGCAGCCUUUCCUCCCUUACCUACACCUUCGUCUGCCGCAAUUGCAUCCCCUGUCACACGCACAGCACCAAAGACAUUGCGCGUCAUUGCAACCCCCAAGGCUGAGGCACCCCCUCCUGCUUCUCCUGCCUUGACCAUGGCAUCGGUUGCGUUGUCAGGCACUUCUAGGGCUGUUUCCGGUACUUACAGGCCAGAUACACCUGCCAGCGAGAUGAUUAGUGACAACGCCUCGGUUGUGUCUGCCUCUGUGACCCAUUCUCGGGCAAGCUCGCCACCCCCCAGCAGGAUUGGGUCUGCUGCGGUAAGAACCACAACCAAGAGUCAACAGCGAAAGCAACGAAAAGAUGUUUUGAAGCAAGAAACAAAGUUGAUCGCUGAGGCUCCCAUUGCAGAGGCAGAGGUGCAUGCUCCUAUCAUGGGACGGAAGAAGAAACAGAAGAAGGAAAAGCCUGUUAAGGCGGUCCAGCCUGAUGCUUCUACUACCUCCGAGACUCCCACAGACAAGCCAUCCCAGCCACCGUCUCAACAAGAGCCUGUCAAGGAGCCCGAAAGAGAGCCAGAAGAGAAGCUAGUCAAGAGCAAGACUUCUCAAAAGAAGUCAAUCAAAUCCAAGGGCAAAACAAAGGAGGUUGAGACUCAACCUUCUCCUCCGGCGUCUCCUAAGGAGUCUACCCCUGAUGCCCAAGAGCCACCUGCAAGACCACAGCCUGAUCCGGCGUCGGUUUUUUCUGAGAUUAAGAACACUCUCUGGGCUUCAAGUGUCGAUAAACUCCAGCUGUUUAAGCCCAUCGCCAACGGCUCAUCUCGCACCGAUUACAGUGCUGCUAAGAACAACGCCAAUAAGGCUGAGCAUUGCAAAGACUGCUCUUGCAAAUGUGGAGAAAUUCAAGAUGAGGAUCUUGCAGCGCUGCGCGCAGGAAAGCCUGUCCGAAAGCAAUUCCACGUUGAUGGUAGCCGCAUGCUCAUUACUCCUAAUGGUGACUGCGUACGUGGUCUGACCCCUGAGGAAGAAGACGCCUUUCUGGAACUUCAAGCUGCCAUUGCCAACACGGCAGAGAACCCCGGAUCGUUCGUUGCCCCUAGACAUCAGCCUGGCAGUGGAGCAUUCUCUCUCAUCAAGGGCCGGGCUGUUCCCAAUGGACGUCCCAACAUCUUCCCCGCCACUGCCCAGCUCCAGUCUCAAGACCCCAUCGGAAAGCUUCAGCGAGAGGACGCGCUUAGCUACAUCAACCAGUACGUUCUCCCUCGCCUCAACCUAGGUGCUACGAACAUGGGAUUUCCCAAGGGAGCAUCCCCUACUAAGGAUGCGGCUGCUGCGAGUCUCAACUCUCUCGCACCCUACUUCUAUGGCCCCGAUGCCGCCGCCGGUGUUGGUAUUUACAGCCCCCCUGAUGGAGCACGGGCGAUGCAGGACUUCAGCUCAGCUGGAAUGUCGAGUGAAGAGCGUGGAAAGAACUUCGGCAUGGGUGUCGGUGGUAUGCCCUUGAUGAGCGUCGAAGAUGCAGAGGGCGCCCUUGCGGCUGCUCGACGAGAGACUGAGAAGUUGGAGAAGGGAUUGAACCAGGUAAUCAAGCGCAACAGACGACUUGUUCUUGGAGGAAACAACUAA